AUGACACAUAGCCAAACACGAUGGUCUAUUAACGUUUGGGGUGGUAUAUUAGGGGACUAUGUCAUAGGACUACAUUUCUUUCAUAGUCGUGUAACUGCCGAGGUCUACUUAGACUUUCUGCAGAAUCAUCCACCACUACUACUGGAAAAUGUUCCACUAAAUAUAAGACGCCGAAUGUGGAUAUUACAUGAUGGAGCUCCUGUACAUCAUGCUCAACAAGUUCACAACUUUCUGAACCAUAAUUUUGAAAACAGGUGGAUUGGAAGAGAUGGUCCAGUUAUGUGGCCUCCCAGGUACCCUGACCUCACUAAAGUAGAUUUUUUU